CUAGACAACAUAUUAUGAAAUGCUCCCUAGCGCUGCAUAUUAGAAUUAAAGAAAUUCUUUUCGUGCAUCGGAUUUCGAGUACCUUGUGCUAGAAAUUGUAUAAGUUUUACAAAGAUGCCACCUAAACGAGGAAAGGUUCAAAAGGAAGAAGUGCAGGUCUCCCUUGGUCCACAAGUUCGUGAGGGAGAAGUAGUUUUUGGCGUUGCUCAUAUCUUUGCAAGUUUUAAUGACACGUUUGUCCACGUGACUGAUUUAUCUGGAAGAGAAACCAUAGCUAGAGUAACUGGUGGUAUGAAAGUAAAAGCUGACCGUGAUGAAGCUUCUCCAUACGCAGCUAUGCUUGCAGCACAGGACGUUGCAGAAAAAUGCAAAUCCCUUGGUAUCACAGCGCUACAUAUUAAGUUGAGAGCAACGGGUGGAAACAAAACAAAAACACCUGGACCUGGUGCACAAUCUGCAUUGCGUGCUCUUGCACGUUCUAGUAUGAAAAUUGGUCGCAUUGAAGAUGUUACUCCUAUUCCAUCAGAUUCGACUCGUAGAAAGGGUGGUCGUCGUGGUCGCAGAUUGUAAAUGAUCUUAUAUGCAUACAUGGUUAAUUCAUUUUCAAUAAUAAAAAUAUAAAAAAAUACA